GAAUAAAUUAACAACACUAGGCUGCGGCUGCCAUGAUUUGGCGUUUGUCUUGUCAUCUAUUAGUGCAUCGUCUAGAAAAUUACAGAAAUGUUUUAUGAAAAGCUUUAUUGGGUGCAACUGUUCUUAGUAUCUAUUUUAAUUAGUUCUAUUGUAGCAGAAUGGAACACAAGGGAUUACAUAAGACGAGAACAUUCUCUCACAAAACCGUACCAAGGAGGCGGGUAUUCGGUGCCUUAUUGGGACUUCUUAGGUAACACGAUAGUGACUUCGAACUACGUGAGACUAACUCCCGAUCUGCAAUCGAAGUCAGGAGCAAUUUGGAACACAGUCCCAUGUCAAACUCGCAACUGGGAGCUUCAAGUUCAGUUCAAAGUCCACGGGCGUGGUAAGGAUCUGUUCGGCGAUGGAUUCGCGAUAUGGUACGUCCGCGACCGUAUGCAGCCGGGUCCCGUGUUUGGAAGCAAGGACUACUUCCAGGGGCUGGCCAUCAUACUCGACACUUAUAGCAACCACAAUGGUGCUCACAAUCACCAGCACCCGUACAUAUCGGCGAUGAUAAACAACGGGUCGCUCCACUACGACCACGACCGCGAUGGCACGCACACACAGAUCUCCGGCUGCGAGGCCAAGUUCCGAAACUAUAAUCACGAUACUCACAUCUCUAUUACUUAUGUCGACGAUACGCUUACUGUAUCAACAGACUUAGAAGGCAAGAAUGCGUGGAAGGAAUGUUUCAAAGUAGAAAACGUCUUACUGCCGACUGGGUACUUCUUCGGUGCGUCCGCCACCACGGGAGACCUCAGCGACAACCACGACAUCAUCGCCAUCAAGAUGUUCGAGCUUGACCUGCUGGAGUCGCAAAACAAAGACGAAGACCGUUCCCAGAUAAUUCCCUCCGCUGCAUCGUUCGAGGCUCCUCGCGAGAGGGUCGAGGACUCCAAACCAGCCAUGUCAGGAGUGAAAACCUUCCUAUAUAUGAUGGCAAUAGCAAUUGUUAUCAUAGUACUAGUCGUUCUAGGCAUCAUGUACUACCAAAAACGACAGGAACAAAGCCGAAAGCGACUUUAUUGAAGAGCUAAAAAUAAAAAUAAAUUGGUUUCAAAGACAUUCCCAUAUAUUUUUUUCUCUUAUUCAAUGAGGGUAGUUGUACAAUUGAUAUGUUUGCCAAAAUUUCAUACUUAGUGAAAUUAAUUUGUAAUUCGUCUCGUUGUGUUUAAAAAUGGAAUGCCAGAUAUUCCUAUAACUGUCAUGAAAAAUUAAAAAAGGAACAAGACAUCAAUUGUGACGUUAGCACUUGAAAUUUGCACAUGCCAGAGCGAGACAACGAUUUUACAAGCCAUUUCAAUCCCGUGUUCAAUUGAAUUCUUUAUUGUGUUCAUUUCGCAG